AUGGACGCCGCCACUUGGCAAGCGGGUUCCUACCCGUCCCCGUCUUAUCAGCCUGCAGCCGCUCAGGCAAUGACCUACGGCAACGGUCUUUCUCCGGUCUAUCCACAAUACGCAGCCGCCCCUACCACUAACGACUAUGCUUUUGCAAACCCAACGUCCGCAGUCGCUCCAUCAGGAGACGCCAUCCCUCUCAUCCCAGACGUGGUCGCAAAUCCUUGGAACACCUCGCUGCUUUGGUCCGGUGGCAUCAUGGAUAACAGAGAUCCGCGCUCUACCUUCUGGCCUCUGACCAGCUGGCACAACUCGAGCGUCCCUUCCAAUGUCGACACUUCGCCUAUCGAAUACUACUACCAGUCCACCACUGCUGGCGACUUUGUCAACUUUUACUUCAUUGGUCACGGUCUUUCUGUGCUAGAUUAUCGAGGGCCCAGACGAGGCAGGUACAACGUCUCCAUUGACGAUGCCACCUCGUUCAUCAUCGAUGCAUAUUCCGACACCGAUGAACUUGCCAAAGCUUCUGGCUCUCAGCUACCUCCCGUCAUCUGGACUUCCGAAACACUCUACGAGGGCACACAUUCGGUCGUCAUGACCAAUCUCAACAACCUCACUGAGAUGGAUUUCUGGGGCGUUGUCAUUAACCCGAACAACUACAGAGCGGGCAAGUCUUUCAUGCCCUCUGCCUCCAAUGUCAAGACCAUCAUCAUCGCCUCCUCCGUCACCGCAACCAUCAUGUUCCUCAUCUUCAUCCUCGUUGGAUCGCUUAUCUACUACUGCAAGCUCGUCCGACCAAGAAGGCGUCUUCAAGCGCAGAUGAAUGCCGACCGCAAGGAAGCUUUGCUCCCCAACUCUUCCUCGUCGCAGAAUACUUUCCGCGCUUCACGUCAAACAGCGAUGGGCUCGUCAUCGCGCUUGCGCCUCGACACAACCUUCCUCUCUAGUCAAGGCGAUCUCGGCAGAGUGCCAAGCAGGGUUACUGCCGCCACAAACGAAUCGCAGUACUGGGUUCGACCUCAGUCAGAGAUGGCACAGGUCAGCAUCACCAGACAACCCACCACCAGAACCCCAGCUCUAUUCCAGGAGAUCCGUCUCGGCUCGCCACAGCCUUCCACCUUGCCGAGUCCAACAGAGUCUAGUCCGACGGAUCAAGUUCUUGCUUCAUCCACCUUUUACUCCACCACAUACGCAGAGCCGGCCUCGCCACUGUCUCCGAAUAAUCCUGACUACGCUAUAGCACACACUCACACUCACACUCACAACAUGUCCUUCCGGCAAGGCGCGCCUGCUUCCCAGGAUCGCACUCCUCUUCGUCAACCUGUGUCCCAUCAGCAAUCCAACUCGUUGAAUAUGGUGUACCAACCGACCAAAACCGUUCCAUCGGUGCCGGCAGGAGAGAGGGCGACUCACUUACACCAUUCGCGAAUCAGCUCUUUGCCCAACGCAAACCCUUUUCAAGAUCCGAUCGCUCCUUCUUCCACCACUACACUUGUAAGAGCUGGAUCUCGUCGACCGCUGCCAACACCGCCUACUGCAACAACGCCUAUCAGUCCCAUGACAACUAUCUCCCCUUUCUCCACCCCCACCUCCACCGCUACCGCCACAACAGCAGCAGCAACAACAUCAUCGUCGCCCACCAAUUACACGCGCUCAAAUAACAGUAGAGCACCAAGCAACCAAUUGCAGGUUUCAUCGUCUGCACGUCGAGCCUAUCGAACCGAACAAGACGCUUGCUCACUUCACAUGUCAGAAGAUGGCAUGUUUGAUGAUCAUACUGGCGAAACUCUUCUUCCACCACCAUAUGCGCCUAGGGAUAUGGGCAGACAUUUUGUAUAA